AUCUCCAAGCGCCGGACGGUUUGACAGGCGGAUCCUUCUUCUCUGUAACAUCCGGCGGCUCUGGAAGGUUCUGAACGGGAACCGGGUGGAGACGAACAUCAAUCUGAGUCCAUCCGAAGCCGAACCGCGGUGUUCCAGCUCCGGGACUCAUCCGUCCCGCUCUGAAUCCUCCUCUUAACGUUUUCCAGUGAUUAUAAAGUAACGAUGCCUGAAGUGAUGGCAGCACCGAAGGUCUCAUCGGGUGGCAGGAACAAAGGAGGGGCGUAUGUGGACCGCGACAAGCCGGCCCAAAUCCGAUUCAGUAACAUCUCUGCUGCUAAAGCUGUUGCAGAUGCCAUCAGAACGAGUCUGGGGCCUAAAGGCAUGGAUAAGAUGAUCCAGGAUGAGAAAGGUGACGUGACCAUCACUAACGAUGGAGCCACCAUCCUGAAGCAGAUGCAGGUUCUCCACCCCGCUGCCAAAAUGCUGGUGGAGCUGUCUAAAGCUCAGGACAUCGAGGCUGGUGACGGCACCACCUCUGUGGUGGUGAUCGCCGGAGCGCUGCUGGACGCCUGCUCCAAACUGCUGCAGAAAGGUAUCCAUCCCACCAUCAUCUCUGAGUCAUUCCAGAAGGCGGUGGAUAAGGGCGUGGAGGUCCUGACCGCCAUGAGCCGUCCGGUGCAGCUGAGCGACCGCGAGACGCUGCUCAACAGCGCCACCACGUCGCUGUGCUCCAAGGUGGUGUCGCAGUACUCCAGCCUGCUGGCGCCCAUGAGCGUGGACGCCGUCAUGAGAGUCAUCGACCCGGCAACCGCCACCGGCGUCGACCUGCAGGACAUCAAGAUUAUCAAGAAGCUCGGAGGGACCAUUGACGACUGUGAGCUGGUGGACGGUCUGGUUCUGACCCAGAGGGUAGCCAACACCGGCGUGACCCGCGUGGAGAAAGCCAAGAUCGGCCUGAUCCAGUUCUGCCUGUCCCCCCCCAAAACAGACAUGGACAACCAGAUCGUGGUCUCGGACUACGCCCAGAUGGACCGCGUGCUGCGGGAGGAGCGCGCCUACAUCCUCAACAUGGUCAAACAGAUCAAGAAGGCCGGCUGCAACGUGCUGCUCAUCCAGAAGUCCAUCCUCAGAGAUGCUCUCAGCGACCUCGCCCUGCACUUCCUCAACAAAAUGAAGAUCAUGGUGGUGAAAGAGAUCGAAAGGGAGGACAUCGAGUUCAUCUGCAAGACGAUCGGCACCAAGCCCAUCGCCCACAUCGACCACUUCACCGCAGAGAUGCUCGGCACGGCGGAGCUGGCCGAGGAGGUCAGCCUGGACGGCUCCGGCAAGCUGAUCAAGAUCACAGGGUGCAGCAGCCCCGGCAAGACGGUGAGCAUCGUGGUCCGAGGCUCCAACAAGCUGGUGAUCGAGGAGGCCGAGCGCUCCAUCCACGACGCUCUGUGUGUCAUCCGCUGCCUGGUGAAGAAGAGGGCUCUGAUAGCCGGCGGCGGCUCUCCGGAGAUCGAGCUGGCCGUGCGUCUGGCAGAGUACUCGCGCACCCUGGGAGGCAUGGAGGCCUACUGCGUGCGGGCGUACGGCGACGCCCUGGAGGUCAUCCCCUCCACGCUGGCUGAGAACGCCGGCCUGAACCCCAUCUCCACGGUGACGGAGCUCCGCAACAGACACGCCCAGGGCGACAAGAUGGCCGGCAUCAACGUCCGCAAGGGCGGGAUCUCCAACAUCCUGGAGGAGCUGGUGGUGCAGCCUUUACUGGUUUCCAUCAGCGCACUGACCCUGGCCACAGAGACGGUCCGCAGCAUCCUCAAGAUCGACGAUGUGGUGAACACCCGAUAAGAGUCUCGAGUUGGUCCAUCGUUCUGUCACUAAGCCUGCUCGUACCGCGAGGGAUCAGAGGACUCUGUCAACGUCAGACUGUUCAGAUUUCCGCUGUAGUUGUUACGUUAAGUAAUUUAAUAAAAAUUAGGCUUGUUUUUUUGUUGACACUCCA